AUGCCCCUCCUAACCCAGCGGAUUACAGACGAGAAUGAUUACUGCUUAGUGGCCAGCCUUGACAACGUCAGGAACCUCUCCACUAUCUUGAAGGCUAUUCAUUUCCGAGAACAUGCCACGUGUUUCGCUACUAAAAAUGGAAUCAAGGUUACAGUGGAAAACGCAAAAUGUGUACAAGCAAAUGCUUUUAUUCAGGCUGAAAUAUUUCAAGAGUUUAGAGUUCAAGAAGAGUCUGUUACUUUUCGAAUUAAUUUAACUGUCCUUUUAGACUGUUUGUCUAUUUUUGGAUCAAGUCCUGUGCCAGGGACUUUUACUGCACUUCGGAUGUGUUACCAAGGUUAUGGUUACCCUCUGAUGCUGUUUCUGGAAGAAGGAGGCGUGGUGACAGUGUGUAAAAUCAAUACUCAAGAGCCUGAGGAGACUCUGGAUUUUGAUUUCUGCAGCACCAAUGUCAUUAAUAAAAUUAUUCUGCAGUCAGAGGGGCUCCGUGAAGCAUUUUCUGAGUUGGAUAUGACGAGUGAGGUCCUGCAGAUCACCAUGUCUCCAGAUAAACCUUAUUUCAGGUUAUCUACUUUUGGGAAUGCAGGAAGCUCCCACCUUGACUAUCCCAAAGAUUCUGAUUUGAUGGAAUCAUUUCACUGCAAUCAGACCCAGGUCAACAGAUACAAGAUUUCUUUACUGAAACCCUCUACAAAGGCAUUAGUCCUGUCUUGUAAGGUAUCUAUUCGAACAGAUAACCGAGGAUUUCUCUCAUUACAGUAUAUGAUUAGAAAUGAAGAUGGACAAAUAUGCUUUGUGGAAUAUUACUGCUGUCCUGAUGAAGAAGUUCCUGACUCUUAG